AUGUCUCUUGCAAAGCAGCCCAUAAAAGAUGUUGGGAUCAGUGGCAUAGAGGUAUAUUUUCCAAAAAACUUCGUCAGUCAGUCGGAUAUGGAGAAGUUUGAUGGUUGUUCAGCGGGGAAGUAUACGAUUGGACUCGGUCAAGAGCAGAUGGGUUUUUGUGCUGACAAUGAGGACAUAGUUUCCAUAGCACUCACAGUCACUGACGCGUUGCUGCGGAAUUACAGUAUUGAUCCAAACUCUAUCGGCUUUCUUGCUGUCGGCACUGAAACUAUCAUUGACAAAAGCAAGAGCGUGAAGACUGAACUAAUGCGGUUAUUCGGUAAUAAUAAUGAUAUUGAGGGUGUCGACGUAAAGAACGCUUGUUUUGGGGGCACCCAAGCGGUAUUCCAUGCUGUUGACUGGAUAUAUGCGAAUUACCUUACAGAAGGAAGAAAUGCAAUCGUUGUUCUUGCUGAUGUAGCUGUUUACGAGGCAGGACCAGCGAGGUGUACUGGAGGGGUGGGAGCAAUCGCAGUACUAAUCACACCAGAUGCUCCGGUAUCCUUUGAUCGUGGGCUUAGAGCCACGUACAUGACAGGCACGUGGGAUUUUUAUAAACCAAUUGGUAAAUGUUCGACGGAAUAUCCAAUUGUUGAUGGUCCACUUAGCUUACAGUACUACAUGAAGUACAUAUCUUUGUCGUCUUUCUCAGCAGCAAUGUUUCAUUCGCCUUUUAGUCGCAUGGUGCAGAAAGCAUUAGCUCGGUUGGCGUAUAGGUGUCUUGUUUUUCAACUUUCCUAUGCAUCAGAAGGAAACCGUUUUCUCUCUGUUUUCAGGGAUUACGAAAGUGGGAAGCUAGCCGGCGACAAAACAUUAUGGAAGGAAAAGACGUAUCCAUUUCUUGAGCUGAAUCGUCGUAUUGGAAAUAUGUACACUUCAUCUCUUUUUGCUCAACUCAUAGCGUAUCUGGCUUCUGGCGAUAAUUUGAAUCGAAUAUUGUUCUUCGCAUAUGGUAGUGGCUCGGCGUCGGCAAUGUUUUCUGCAAGUAUUGUGUCUCGUCUUGCGGUAAGCUUUUUCUUCCUGAAAAGCUUUAAUUCAUUUAAAGUUUGUUUGUCAAGCUUUGUAAUUUGCCUGCCUUAA